AUGUCGGCUGCGCAACCGCGUGUGCGAUCCAAGCUGCCACCCACGCUCGACUGCCACGGACGUACAUUCGCACUGACUGGCGGCGGCGGCUACUUUGGCCGGCGACUCUGCUCACUCCUGUUGCGCAACGGAGCAUCUGCAGUGCAUCUGUUUGACAUGCGCAUCGUCCUGCCGACGGACCUGACGCCCGACCAGCUCGCGCGGAUUAAGACAUUCGAAGGCGAUAUUCGGGACAGCGUUCUGACGGAGAGCUGCUUUCGCGGAGUCGAUGUCGUCUUCCACAUUGCUUCGUACGGCAUGAGUGGCAAGGAGCAACUCCAACACAAGCUCAUUUACGCUGUCAAUGUACUUGGUACUGAAUCAGUGCUGCAAGCGGCCAAACGGUGCAAAGUCAAAGCUCUCGUUUAUACAAGCACAACGAAUGUCAUCUUUUGCGGAAAGCCCAUCAUCAACGGCGACGAAACACUGCCGUACUGCGAUCUGGCGCUGCACACUGACAACUACUCGCGAACAAAGUCCAUUGCCGAAAAGCGCGUUCUCGAGGUGAAUGGCUCGCCUUUCGAAGAGAGUUCAGCCGUCUCAUCAGAGAAGAAGCCUGCAGCUCGACGAACAGCAGCAGCAGCAUCAACAUCCGAUGAGGCACAGCCCGCCGUCCUCAAGACCUGUGCCCUUCGAGCGGCUGGCAUUUAUGGCGAGAAUGAAGAACGCCAUUUUCCCCGCAUUGUGGGGAUAUAUCAAGGCAGGCCUGUUCAGCAUGACGUUCGGUCGCCGACGAAUCGCGUCGAGUUUGUCUACGUUGACAAUUUGGCCGAGGCACACAUUCUUGCUGCCAACUCUCUCCUGGCCCCGCCUGGCUUUGAUCUUGCCGCUGGGCAGGCUUACUUUAUCUCUGAUGGCGAGCCCGUCAACAACUUUGAAUUCAUGCGCCCGCUCGUGGAAGGCUUGGGCUACAAGUACCCGACGCUCGUGCUCCCCUACACGCUCGUGUUUUACAUGGCAAUGGUGAUUGAGUGGACGCACUAUGUUGUUGGUCGAUUCUACAACUUCCAGCCUCUAUUGACGCGAACGGAAGUGAACAAGACAGGCGUCACCCACUUUUUCAGCAUCGACAAGGCGCGCCACCACCUAGCCUAUGUCCCUCGCGUCACGCCCAAGGAAGGCAUGCGCCGGCUCGUGGCCUCGUUUGUGGAAAAGGAGGAGCGGGAGCGACGGGCUCUGCUUCGCAAUGGCGCUCCCGCGGGCUCCUUUUCCGUGUUUGCCGGCGUGACAUUUGCCGCAGUGUUUCUCAUUCUUGUGCUGCAGUAUGUCAUGGUUGUUCGCCCCGAGAUGGAUCGUUUGCAGGAGAGCUCUCGGUGA